AUGUGUUGUUUUUGCCUCAAGGCUGCCGAGGACCAGACCCAGACAGACCCGGUCCCCCACGUGGUUGUCUCAGCCCCACAUGAGCAAAACAUCCAAGUGUUUUCAUCCGGGACUGUUCAGGUGACAAGACAUAAUGACAAAACUGAAGAUUUACACAAACAGGGUAUAUUUGACUCAACACGGAACCCAGACCCCAGCAGUGGAGCAGGUCCCCACAUGUCAAACCUCACUAGUAUGGAUGACAGUGGGAGUGCUCCUAACAGUAAUGUCCCACCCACAGUCAGCCAGGGCCUAAUGACAGUGACCAUCAAAAGUGAAAAAGAGAAGGAAAUGCAUGUGGAUAAGAAGGGCAUUGAAAGUGUCUAUAAGAAUCAAGGAGAGAAAGGUGAUGUAAAAGCAGAGAGUCAACCAUGUCCCACUUUAAAUGUGAGUGCAGGGAUAUUUGAUUUCAAAACACCUGCUGUGGAAGAGAGAAUUGAAACAUGCCAUUUUAAAACACAAGAGCAGCAGACUUUUACUUUGGAUGAUAAAGUUAAUACACAAGAUUCUAAAUCACAAGACAAGUAUAUUGAUACUUUGCAAGAGAAUGUAGAGACAAUUUCUUCAAAAGCACACAUGGAAUGCAUCCCAGUUUUAGAGGAGAGUAGAGAGAAGAUACAUAAAAAGGAGUCGGAGAUACAUUUCAAAAGCUUGGAGGAAUCUUCUUCCACUUUGCUCCAAAAUAGUUUAAAGAAUAGAGAUCUAAUACCAGAUGAAUACCCUCCUGUGGCAGAGGAGAGCAUAGAGGACAAUGAUCUCAACACAAAAAGGAAAUCUACCUUAGCUUUGGAGAAAAGUGUUGAAAGUGCCGUAAAAGUGGAAUGUACUCCUGCUUUGGAGAAAAGUUUAAUGGACUGUUCAUUUGGCAACCAAAAACAGGUGGCACCUAUUGCGCAGAAGAUGGCUGAGGAACAGAAUGUGAGAUUACAGAGAAAUGAGGUGCCGACCCUCACUAUUGAGAGACAGGUUGAAAUGGAAGAAAUUGUGACUGAGAUAACGGUAGAAAUGCUGGGUGAAUCUAAGAGCCACUCAGAGACACAGCCUGUGAGAGGCUCUGCCAUUGUGCCCGCUGAGCAGCCAGUGUCAGCAUCAGUUACCAGUCGAAAGGCUAAUGCCACUCAUCUGGGUGGAUAUUCUGGAAAUGUAACAGAGAUUAGAAUCGUAGAUUCUGCUCUUAAAAUCCCAGAAAUCAAAAUUAUUGUGACAGAACAACAGACAAAAGAAGAGCAAAUGAUUAUACCAAAUAUAGAGAUUACGGAACCAGAAGUCAAAGAGCCUAAACAGCCAUUAAUACCAAUUACACCCAAUGAACCUACAUCAGAGCCAGACAUUUUCCAAAAGGAUGAUGCAAACGAAGUUUCAGACAUAAUGAUCACAGAAAAAAGUGCAGCUGUUACCCCAGUGACAAUAGAUGUGACACCCACUCAAGAAAGUAAGUGGAAUAAUAUUAUCAUCCAAACAACGGAGAAAGUGCAGGAAGUUAAACCAGUUGAAGAGGCAAAAACGCCUAUGGCAGAGCAACCAUCUAAGAGUGAGUGCCUCACAAAGACAGAUAUUAAGUUAAUUCCUAAAAUAAAUGUUUCAUAUACUGAUGACAGUGAACUCAGGAAAACAGACCAUGAGCAUCCACAAGUCAAGCCCCCCGUCUUAGAUAGAGGAAAGCCAGAGGAAGCACCCAAAGUGCCUUUGUUUGUGGUCCCUCCUAUUUCUGUAAUCUGUGAGGAUAGCCCUUUAGAAAGCAAAGAGCUUCUUAAAAAUGAGAGUAAAGAAUCAGAAUCAUUGGCAGAUAUGCUCAGGGGGGUCAAGAGUGAUUUAGAAAAUUAUUCUACCCCUGAGUCUGACAAACCCCAUAGUAUUCCACAGAAACAAACUAUAGAAACAAAGGAACAGAGUGUGAUAGACAACACCACCUCUGUGUCAUAUAAACCCUCAAUGCCAACAGAAGAAACAACAAUCCAAAAAGCUGAGGACAUCAGUAUUAAUGAAACUGAUAAGGUAAAACCACUCAAAGAGUCAAGGAUAGAGUCUUACAUCAUUGGCGAUGAACCAAGAGAAAGAACCCCUAUUGAGAGGCUUGCUGUCAAACCGCCAACACCCCCCAGGAGUCCCAGUACUCUUCGCAGGUUUAUGUCCAGGACACCCCCUGCCAUUACUGUGGAUGAUCCUGCUAACAGUGAGAAGGCAGGAUUGGAGCAGAGUGGUGGAGACACCCCAACAUCCUCCCUGUCCUGUGAGAGCAGCCCCAGGCUGAAAAGAAGGGACAGUCUGACCCUCAUCCGCUCUGCCACGCCUGAGGAGCUGGCAUCUGGAGCUCGCCGCAAGAUCUUCAUCCCCAGGGAGGGAGAAGGGGUUGGGGUAGUGGUGGCGCUGGGUGUGGGUGGUAGUCCACUGGACACCCAGGUCAAGGAGGUGGCUCCAUACUUGUCGCCCAGUCAGGCUCGCAGGGCAGUAUUCCUGCAAGCCCCAGCAGGCUCACAGACCCCACCGCUGGAGAGACGCUCCCCUCUGCUGAGCCGUAGGAAGGCCACCCUGGAGGUGCCCAAAGUUGUGGAGACCAGCACCCAGGAGCCAGAGAGCCCCAAGACUGAGGUCAAACCUCCUGAGAAGGAGAAGCUGAACCCCUUCAAAGGUAAAACAAUAAACUAUUAUUAAUCCAAUAUUGUUUGUAUGCCCAUCUCUUGGUGUUGGUGUCUCCUAUCAGCAGGGGCUGAUCAGGAAGCUGCCACUGAAUGAAGUGGAAACGUUAGAGAGAAUCAUGUACAGUAUACCUUUACCUUGUGUCCCCCCUCCUAGCUCCUCAGGUUAUCCGUAAAAUCAGGGGAGAGCCCUUCCCAGAUGCCUCAGGACACUUGAAGCUCUGGUGCCAGUUCUUCAACGUGCUCAGUGACUCCUCAAUCAAGUGGUACAGGGACGAGGAAGAGAUAGUUGAGGUGAAAAGAAGGUAAAUCCCUAGGGCAUCUCCCAUCCGAGAGUUUACAGUAACUGAUUGCAAUACAAUCUAGUGAUGAAAUGGCAUUUAUAUUCACGCUGAUCAAAGCAUCAUGCAUUUACAGUAUUAGACACCUGCCCUCUGAAAACAGUUGCUUUGUACAGGAUUACUGUAAGCAUUCAUUAAUAGCCCCAUUGAUUGGUUAAACUGGGCCCAGUGCUAUAUAUGAAGGACUAAUGUUGUGAAGAUGAACAGCCUUUAACUCUGGGAGGUGUCCAUGUUAUGUGACCAGCGAGCCCACAGCUGUGAGCCUGACUGUGACACAGGGAGGUGAAGCUUUGGCCAGACACAGCCACUGAAAACUGAGACACUAUUUCGCCAUCACCAGGGGGGUUUAAAGUGUAUAUCUGUGCUAUUGGCUGCUAGGCCAGCAAAAUCUCCCCUCACGCAAGCACGGCACGCAGCACUACUGUCUGUCUCAGUCCCACAGUGACCUCUUGUGGAGGUGAACACAAUAUUGAAUAUGCUGUGAUCGUGUGUCUUGUGUCACGUCAACCUUUUUAUCUUCCUUUAUUUCCCAGUGGAGGAGAUGAAAGCCAAGUAGCGCUGGCCAUCGUCCAGACAUCCAGUCAAGAUUGUGGGGUGUACGGCUGCACAAUCAAGAACGAAUUUGGGACUGAUUCAACUGACUUUCUUCUCAGUGUAGACAGUAAAUUAUUUUAACUAAAUGGCAUUUUUCAAAUCCCACAACAUUAUUUCAACCAUUUGUUCCAUGAGUUACUAAUUGUGUUUGUUUUUUCUUUUUCUGCAGUACUUUCAGAGUACUUCUUGCGUAAGGAUUUAGAGGGUAAGCCUCACAGGCACUGAGGAGGUUUAUACAGUAUUAACUUAUACUUACUGUAUUGUUGACUACCUUAUUGCUAUGAUAUAACACAUUGUUAUUGCUCCUGUGGAGAGUUUCUGAGAUUGUCUAUCAUAUUCUGUCCUUUACAGUUGGAGAAGAGAUAGAAAUGACUCCAAUGCUAUUCACCAAAGGCCUUGCAGACCCGGGCUACUGGGGGGAUAAGUUCUUUGGACGCAUCAUGACACAAGAGGCCAACCUGGGAGAGGGCUGUGAACACAAGGCCUGCAGGGUGAAGGUCAUCUAUGGCCUGGACCCUGUGUUUGAGUCCGGAACCAACUGCAUCAUCAAAGUACAAAACCCCAUUGCCUAUGGGACCAAAGAGGACAGCAACCUUGCAGAGAGAAACAUGGAAAUGACUAAGCAGGUGAGUCUUACUGUACAUCUACAGUACAUUACAUCAUGAGGACAGCCCUCCUGUAGUGUUAUGUAUUGUUCUGACUUGGUAUUGAAGCAUAGGAAGUCAUCUGUACUGGGUCAUAUUCAUUAGGCACCAAACAGAAGAAAAUGGACUGAAACAGGGAGGGAACUGACUACCUGAACUUGUCCAAUAAGAAACGUUAAUGACCGUUUUCUGUUGCAAAACAUUUUCUACGGUAUGCCCUAAUGAAUACCACCCUGGUGACCUCUGGUGGGAUGACAAAAGAACAGCAUUCAGGUACAGAUUUAAGAAACUAAAAGAGUCCAGGGUUCAUACCAAUGCUUAACGGGCUUUGAUUAGUUUAAAAUUGAAUUGGAGAGCCUCUGGAGGACCCCUGAGUGUAUAGAAAAAGCCUAUGGAAAAAAGAAAAUGUGACACAAAUGCAAUGCAUCUUUGCAUUUUGUCUCACCAGGAGUGCAAAAUCCAUAACACAGUUCGGGAGUAUUGCAAAAUCUUUGCUGCUGAGGCGAGGGUGAUUGAAAACUUUGGCUUUUCACUGGAGUAAGUAAUAUAAUGACUGCAAUUCAUAUUUUGAUCAUUAUCAAUGAUCAUUAUCAAUACACAAUAGUAUGGUUACGUCAUUCUUUCCCUUUGUUUUUCUGCAUGCUUACACAGAGUGAGCCCUCUUUAUCUGAUGUACCGCCCUGCCAACUCCAUCCCAUACGCCACUGUGGAGGCUGACCUGAAGGGCAUCUUCCUCAAGUACUGUAUGAUGGAUGCCAAAGGCAGGCUGAUCACCAGAGCCACCUCAGAGGUGGAAAUGAAAUGCUGCUCCUUCCAGCAUUGGAUCCACCAAUGGACAAAUGGCAACUUACUGGUCACUGGGCUGGAGGGUAAGAAAGACUAGCAGACAAGGUCAUUCUCAAAAGAAAAAGAUGAACAAAAGGCAGUUCAAACAACAAAAUGAUCCAUGUGCUUUGUUUAUUUCAGGUGUUGGACCAAAGAUCACUAAAAUUAGAAUCGUCACAAAAUUGAAGGGGUUUGUAUAUCUAAAUAUCAUUAAAUAUUUAGGUUGUCAUAUGGAAAUACAUAUUGAGGCUCAGUGUUGGGGAAGCUACUCUGAAAAUAUAGAUUACCAAGCUACCAAUUACUUCACACUGGAAGAAGUUCAGCUACAUUACAGCUACCCUUAAGAAAAAUCAAGUUUAAUUAACUAUAGUUAUUUUGAAAAAGUAGUUCACUACAUCCAAACUUCUAAGUGAAAAAUUAUCAUAUGUAAAUCUGAAAUGUCAUAGACUACAAAUUGCCAGGGCAGAUCACUUUGGGGUCAUAUGUAAAACAGAAUGUGUAAUUUAGCCUAUUAAACAUUUCAAGUGAGAAUUAAGCAGGUCUGAUGCCUAAAUAAAUUAAAUGGUUGCCUACUUCACCCAUAUUUUCUUAUCUUUUUGCAAAACAAAAAGGUAGUGUGUAGUUCCAAUAGUUAGCUACAUUGGAACUACAAAAAGUAAUGAACAACUGAAAACACUACCUAGAUUUGAAUUAAGUUCAACUACCAACAAGCUACUACUAUAUGUAGUUAAAUUACUAGUUGAACUACAUGUAGUUCUCUACUCCCCAACACUGUUGAUGCUAUUAUUUGAAGUAAGCCUAUAUGUGUGCUAAUGUUUUACCAGUUGGUCCACAUAAUCUUAUCCAACUCUAAGGAAAUUACUUCUGCAUUGCAGGUAUCAAGGCCUUACAGAUGAUGGUUCUCCUAAGGUGUUUGAGCAGUUCCUUACUCAGCAUCAGUGUAACUACUACUGUGGGCUUCUCAGCCUGAGAACCCUGAAGCCCAUGGACACCCUGCAGCAGCCCCCCAAAAUCAAAGGCUCACGGAGCCCCCUGCUCGGCAGGAAGUUGGGCUCGUCCAGCCCUCAGCUCAACAGGAAGUUGGGCUCAUCCAGCCCCCAGCUACAGAGAAAAGAACUGAACAGCCCCUUGACAACCAGAAAGGCCACUUCCAGCCCAAAGGUGCCAAGAAUGACUGGGGAGACAGCCAAACCCAAGGCCGAUGACAGUCUCAAAGUUGUGGUAUGA